AUGAAGACAAUAUCACUUCUACCUUUCUUCCUGGCCCUAAGUGCCGCUGUGCCAGUCCAUGAGUCUACACAGAAGCGGGAUCCAGGCUGGGAAGCGCCCUUUAAGGCCGUCACCAUGAGAGUUAUGAAGAAGGAUCCCUCUCGAGAAGAAUACCUCCAGGCAUACGAAUCACGCUUCUGGGUUGGAGGGGAGCCUUCGACGUCCUGUCCAGACAACAAGUGCUCUGAAAUAAACGAGACAGUUCUUAAUGGAGGCAAAAUGGAUUCUCUGAGUGUUGGCGUUGAAGGUGGCCAGCGUAUAUAUCUCGACGCAGACGGUGCCUUGCGAUAUACAUCGCCAUCCGACCCCGUAAUGCCUCCAGGCUCACACACAGCGAACCUGAAUUACGCAUACGACUGGGUCUUUGUGCCAAAUCAACCAGGAACAUGGUGGUGGGCGUGUCCAAAUCCCGAGCUGCGGAAGGGCUACUACCAGCUAUUUGGCCCCUUCAACAAUAUCACAGUUCCCGGAAUCCAAGACCCUUCAAAGUCUUGUUAUAGGGCAGACGUGGCGGGAUUUGAAUAUACCGGUCCUCUACCAGCUACAUACGUGUAUAACUGA